AUGGGUACUUCUCACUCUUUGGGAAGAAAUUUCACUGCUGAAGAGUGGAAAUAUUUUCAAUUCCAGUUCAGGUUUGUUCCUGAACACGGGGUGCAAAUCCCCUUGCCUGAUGCCACUCUGUAUAGUCCUCCUGAGGGCAAAGUCGGGAUCCCAAUCACCUUGCUCGAUGUAGGUCUGCGCUUGCCUACCACCGAUUUCUUCAACUUGAUCAUCCGGGAAUAUGGGUUUUUAGUACGAGAGUUGACCCCUAUCGCUAUAAACAAGAUAGUCGGCUUUGAACUCCUUUUCCGUGCCCUAGGCUGCUUGGCAACUAUUCCUGCUUUCAAACACUUCUUUAAUGCAACCACUUAUUUGAGGACUCGAACCCUUUCUCGCCGAUAG